AUGUUGUUUGAGAUAAUAAUAUUAGUACUAACCACCAUUGUGGGCUAUUACCUUUAUGCUUAUAAGAGAAUUCAUACCCACUUUAAACAGAGAGGUGUCAAAUUUAUCCCAGGAGUCCCAUUGUUUGGAAAUGUGUUGGGCCUAACAUUUUUAAAGAAGCAUUUUUUCGAUGAAUUAGAUGACGUUUACAAUGCAUUUCCUAAUGAAAGAUACGUGGGUUUCCUAGAGUUCACAUUACCAGUGAUCUUGGUUCGAGACCCAGAGUUGAUCAAAACUAUCGUUGUUAAAGAUUUUGAUCACUUUACUGACCAUAGGGAAAUAUUAAGUGAGGAAUUGGACCCGCUUUUCGCUGGGAGCUUGCUGUUGAUGAAGGGAGAAAAAUGGCAUGACAUGAGGACAACUCUCAGCCCAGCCUUCACUUCUUCCAAGAUGAAAUACAUUUUACCUUUAAUGUCUGAUAUCACUAACAAUAUAGUGGAAUAUUUGUAUGAACAACAGGGCCAGGACAUCGAUGUGGACGAUUUGAUGCGCCGGUAUACCACUGAUGUCAUUGCAUCAGCAGCUUUUGGACUUCAAGUCAACUCACUGAAGGACAGAGACAAUCAGUUCCACAAGAUGGGAAACGAACUCUUCGACUUAACUAUUAGACAAAGGUUGCUGUUUAUCUUGGUUACUCAGUUUCCACAAUUUGGCAAGAAACUUGGCAUUCGAAUAUUCUCAGACAGGGCUUACGAUUUCUUUUCUAACAUUGUUGCAACUUCUAUGGAAUACAGAAAAAGGGAGAAGAUAGAACGACCCGAUAUGAUCCAAUUGCUGAUGGAGGCUAAAAGAGAAUGGACUCCAGAAGAGAUAACCAGCCAGGCUUUUAUUUUUUUCUUCGCUGGCUUUGAAACUUCAGCAUCAGCUUUAGUGAUGGCUAUUCACGAACUUGCUCUUAAUCCGGACAUACAAGACAAGUUGUACCAGGAAUGCAGAAAAUACAAGGAACACAGAGUGCUAGCUUUUGAAAACUUGACUGAAAUGAAAUAUUUGGAUGCAGUCAUUAAUGGCAUUUUAAGGAAAUGGUCUCCAGCUAUCAUAUUGGAUAGAACUUGCACUAAAGCUUACGAAUUGCCUCCACCCAGACAAGGUGGUAAACCUUACCUGGUGAAACCUGGUGAUAUUUUAUACAACUCGGUGAACUCGAUUCAUAUGGAUCCUAAAUAUUGGGCUGAUCCGCACAAGUUCGACCCUGACCGGUUUCUGGAAGAGAAUAAAGUUAAAAUUAAGCCUUUUACUUUUACUCCCUUUGGAGGUGGUCCUCGGGCCUGCAUUGGUGUUAGAUUUGCAAUGAUGAUGUUGAAGGUACUUCUAUUUAACAUAAUCUUAAACUUAAAGAUUAUAAAGACAUCAAAAACUUCAGAAAUCAUCAAACUGAAGCCACACAACUUCAACAUCAGAGCUGUCAACGGAACAUUUGUGCGGUUUGAAAAGAGAAUAUUGGAAUGA